UCACAUUCACUAUGGGAAAGAGAAAACGGUCCAGGUCCAGAGAAAGUGAUUACAAUACUAUUCUAAGGAAAAUGAAGAGAUUAGAACGAAAAUUAAAAGAAAGACGAGAACGUUCGGAAUCACCAAGUUCAAACUCGUCAGGUUAUAAUGAAAAUUAUGCUUACGACCGAUAUUAUGGCGUCUAUACAGAUGAAGACACAUAUGACCAAGUAAUAAAUCUAGAGGAAGAUAUUGGUGAUGAGGAGCGCCCGCGCCCCACGCAGCUCGACCCUCCCCCGCCCCCGCCUCCCCCGGCACCUGCCCCCGCGCCGGCUCCGGCUACACUGCCGCCGCCGCCCACAACACAGUUACCAUCAACGUCGCUGCCGGUGGAGGCCGUGCCCGGCUCAUCAUCAGCGGUCACCUUACAUGAAGUUCAAGGCGCAGAUGCUGAAAACCUGCCAUCCACUUCACGCGGAUCUCGUUCUGGUGGCAGCGAAGUUAUCAGGGACUCAUUGAUACACCGGGGUGUACCACAGGCCCCGUAGCCGAAUGGCAUUUCUCCGACGCCAAACGAAAGCGAUACGCCGCUGGCUCUGUCGCGCCAAUACGCAAGCGCGAUAGAGAUAGAUAUCUACUAGCGCUUCGUUUCGUGAGCGUUUCGUGAGCGAUUGUGCCAUUCGGCUAGCCACCCUGGACUCUUUAGAUAUAGUAAUGGCUUCAUUUUCAGCACAAACCUUAAAACAAAACAAUACAGUAGUACAAUUUCACCUUGGAUUACAUACUGUACACAAAAUAACUUAAACUUAUUAAAGGUCGCCAGUUGUCAUGUAAUAUCCUUUCUCACACAAAAAUUUAACGAAGGUGCCAGUUAUAGUUCUCUAAAUACACACAGAUCAGCCUUAACGUGUGUUUUGGGUAUAGAUGUAACAUCAAAUGAUUGUAUUAAGCGAUUUAUGAAAGGCGUAUACAGACUUAAUCCACCUCGACCUAAAUACAAUUCAACAUGGGACACAAGUAUUGUGAUUAAUUAUCUCGCUAAUACGUACCCUUACCCGUAUGAUAAUGCUUCACUACCUAGUUUAACUUAUAAAACUUGUGCUCUUCUAUGUAUAGCAUCUGCUCAACGAAUACAGACCAUUAGUUCAAUUAAAUUAAAAAACUUGACAUUUCAGGAUGAUGCGAUUAUCAUCAGAAUUACUGAAUUAAUCAAAACGUCAAGACCUGGGGCUUGCCAACCCCUCAUUAGAUUGCCCUUCAUCCGUGAAAACCCUAACAUUUGUCCGGCUUUAGCACUUAAAACGUACGUAGAGAAAACUCAACAUUUACGGAAGAAUUCACUAGAUGGGCAUCUGUUUUUAGGAAUUUGCAAACCUCACAAGGAGGUUGGAACCCAGACUUUAGCGCGUUGGGUAAAGAAAGUUCUAAAGAACAGCGGCAUAGAUAUAUCAAUAUUUGGCGCUCAUAGCACCAGGUCGGCUUCGACGUCUGCCGCACACAGGUCAGGGGUCAAUCUAGAGGUGGUUCGCAAGGCCGCAGGCUGGAGUGACACCUCCAAUGUAUUCCUCAAGUAUUAUUACAGAGAAGUUAUACAAGUAAAUCAAGAUGACUUUUUUAAUGCUAUUUUUAAUUAGUUAACAGGCUAUUUGCGUUUAUAUAUGUAUUAACGUAAUGUUAAGCGAACGAUAAAUGUAGAACCUUUGAGAAGUUUGAGAUAAUUCUUAAAGUACUUUAUGAUUAACUUACUUUCCCUUUUCGGAACGAAAAUUAAAGAAAACUUGUUGAUUUGAACAUUUUGGUAUUUGUAUUCUUUCUAGAUUAACUUUUGAUUAAAGAAAAUACUCUAAA